AAUAAAGCGGAAAACGGAACGCAAAAAGUCGUGAAAGUGCUAAAAGUGGUAUAAAAAUGUGCGAUUCGAGGUCCUUUUGAUUUUAUUUUAUGUUUAAUUUGGUUUUAAUUACAGUAUCUGUUAAAAAUGGCAGCCACCGAAGCAGAGGUAAAAAGUAUUAUAAAGAGUAUUCUUACUUCUUCGCCGCUUGUAUCCACAAUUACGACCGUACAGCGGGAUUACCGAGAAUUAGUAGGAAGUAAAAUUCCAUUUCAUGAGCUUCGGUAUAACUCUGUCGAACAGUUUUUAAAAAGCAUUCCAGACAUUUGUGUAAUUGAUGGCACAGGACCAUUUGCUGCUGUAUUUCCUGUUUUGUCGGAAAAAAGUGCCCAUAUAGACUUGAUGGUGUCGCGGCAAAAAGUCACUACAAAACGACGCUCUGCUCCUCCUAUGAAAAGAAAAACAACUCCAGCUCCAUUUAGAAACCAAAGAAUGCCAUUUAAUACAAAUGUACAAUCAUCUUUCCCCAGUACAUCAAGUUCUAAUUACAAUUCAAACUAUAAUACAAGACCAAAAAGGAUAGAAAAUGGUCAGAAUCUUUCAUAUUCAAACGCAGGGAGUAGUUAUAGUGGUGGAGUCAAGCCAGAGAAUCAGAAUAAAGUGUUUCAUAUAGAGAGUAGACCUGAAAAGAGCAAGACUCCUGUGAUUCCACCCUUGAUAAGUGCAAUACCUGAUAACGCUCCUGUUUUGAACCAGGAAGAUCUGCAUCAAUUUAAAACAAAUACUGACAUUGAAAAAGCCCAAACCAGCUUAAAUAACUUAACUUUCAAGGAUAUUGAAGAAAAAUACGAUGACGACUCCUCGAAUGUGCCCCAAAAAGUUCAAAACAACUUGAAGAAACUAAUUAGUCAGUUUGAAGAUGGAAUUUGGUGUAGCGAAUUACCACAGUAUUACAAAAAAAUGUUUAAGUUAGAUCUGUUAUAUAUGGAUUAUGGGUAUUCGAGUUUAAUAGAUAUGUGUAUAGCUUUAAAAAAUAUUUUUCACUACGUGAGACCUGGCAAGGAUGAUUUUAAACUGUUUGAUCGCAGCAAACCACCACCGGUGGUUACCCAAAGAAAUUGUACGAUUUCUAGUUUGAAUACUGCUGAUAAGUGUUCCCAAUCGGUCAGUAACCCUUUACCAGAUUUGGAUUGGUCAGAUUUUAGUGGGUAUAUUCCUAAAGAUAUAUUUGUGCUUGGUAAUGAAAUACCAAAAGAAUUUCUGCCCAAAGAAUCUCAAGAGGGUGACGAAUUAGACGUUGUAGUGGUUGAGGUCUAUGACCCGUCAAAAUUUUGGAUUUAUUUUGGUACAUCCGAUCAAAAAACUCCUCUAGACAUUCUCAUGGAUGAUAUUCAAGAUUUCUAUAAUGAUGAAGACAAUCAAAAAACAUAUGGUGUUCCACCAGGAUUAAUACAGGAGGGUCUCUAUUGUGUCCAAAUUAUUUAUGGAGAGUAUCACCGAGCCAAGAUUAUUAAAGUUUUACCGAAUACCAAGGACCUAGUUAAAGUGUUUUUUAUUGACUAUGGCACAGUACGUAAAGUUCCUACCAGGGGAAUGUGUUUUUUGCAUACUCAGUUUACGCUGUUGCCAGCUCAAGCGGUGCGUUGCCGAUUGGCAAAUAUUGCCCCCCACGUACAAAACACCCCUUGGGCCAAAUCGUCGUCGGAUAAAUUCCGAGACCUGGUGAACCGGCGAGACACCAAAAUCAAAGUCAGUUAUAUUAACUGGGCCGAUCAAUAUAUAUGCGUGUUUCUGGCAGACGUCACCAACCCAAACAAGGUCGCCUAUAUCAACGAGGUGUUGGUAAAAAAUGGAGACGCCGUAUGGGAGGAGGAGGCUAAGGCGCCGCCUCCAAUGUUGCCAAAUUUACAGUGCAAAGUUCAAAAAUUGCAUUUGUUUCCGACAUUUCUUGAAUUGGAAUAUGGCCUUGCCCCCAAUGCCGCGGAAAUCUACUCUUUGGAAGACUUACUUGUACCCAUUCAGUUUUGUAUACCGCUGUAUUUUGAGUCGGCUCCAGAGGUAGACGAAGCAGCCUUUAAACAUGUGGAAACUUGCUUCAUCGAUACGGUGAAAUACCACAGAAAAAUAAAACCUCUAGACCAAGUUACUUCGUCGUCUCUAAGUCUGGACCCCCCUGUAAACUUUGACAUUUUCGGCGACUUAAAACAAGAACUAUAUGAAUUUUCUAUGGAUUUAAAUUUACUGGAUGUUAGUGGAGAAGUCUGCAAGGAGCCAACUAUAGACAUUGCUCAGAUUACUGAUAGCAUGCAGCAAUAUGAGCCAUUAAAGCUGAUCAAAGAGGACAUGGAACUAUCCGAAAACAUAAUCAGAAAUCUGGAAACUUUAAAUUUGACCGACACGAAAUCUUUGUCGCAGUCGGAGAUCAUCGAGCGGGAACUUUCUAGCGUGUUCGACGACAUAGACGACCAAUUGAUGACGAAACCAGUUUUGAAGUACAACGCCCGCAAAACGAGAGAAAGUAUUUUUGACAAUCCGGAAAGGUUUAAGGAUAUUUUAAGUAAGAACGCGAAAAAUCCUGUUGAGCCCAAUAUAUUCCAUAAAAUUGUCGAAUCUUUGACCAAAAGCGGACCUCCAGAAACGACCACGCAAAAUAAUUUGUUAGAUAAAGAUAAUUUCAAAACUGCCUUUAAUGUUUAUAGUAAUCCGUUUAACAGCAGCUCAACUAAUAAAGAUUUCCUAAAUUUGAGUUUGUCUGAGGUAAAAUUGGAACAAGAAUUGCAUGAUGUAAGUGUUGAUUUUAAAAGGAAUGUGCUAUCGGAUGUCAAAGUGAACAAAAUGCCAGUUUUGUGUCCAAAUAACCCGUUUUACUACGAUGUCGAAAAUGCAUUUCUUACUAAUACUGACCAAUCUUUGAGUUCGAACUGUAUAAAGAACACUGCACAGGACAAAAUGGAAUCCACAAAACUUGAAGCUUUAUCACCAGAAUCUGUUUAUUCAUCCAGUACCAAUCAAUUAGACAACGUAAACCAUCAUUCCAAUUCUAUCUCGACGCAAACUUCAGUUAAAGAUCUUAGUCUAGACACAACUGACGAUACAAUUGAACAGGAAGAAAACUCCACCGAUGAGUGUAUAGUUUCAGAAGAUGUGCCGAAAACAGAGCAUGUUUUGACUGAGUCAGUAAACAAUAACCAAAAGAUAGUGCCUACAAAUCUCACUUGGUGGUCUAAUCCAGAGAACUGUGGUCAGCGUUCACAAAAACCCCGAGAGGUCGAUACAACUCCAUGCCCUCCUUCAGAAUAUCAAUGUUAUGGAAAAGAGCUGGAAGAAAAAUCCACUAAAGAUAUACCAAGAACAGAGAAUGUUGUUACUGAGCCAGUAAACAGUAACCAAAAGCCGGUAACUAAGAAUUACACUAGGUGGUCUAGUGCAGAUGAUGUUCGGCAGUUUCAACAAAGUCGAGGGGUCAAUACAAUUCCUCGACCUCCUUCAGGAUAUCAGUCUUAUCAGGGCGCUACUAAGAGUCAAGGUACAAGUACUUCCGGCUCAGAAAAGAGUGGGUGCUCGUCCAGGACAAGUCCACAGGUUGAUUCAAGAAACAAUGUAGGUCCGCAGCAACAACGGCCUUUACCUAACGAAUCUCAAAAGUAUUUCGUGCCAAUGCAAGCCUACGGACCGCAACCUGUCCAGUACGUCAACCAACAGUAUGUACCAUGGUCUCAUGGCUAUCCUCAGCAACCUCAGCUACAACAAUGGAAUAAUGGAAGCAAUGCGGCAGCUGUUCCCCCAGUGCGUCCACCUCCAGGGUUUCCCCCAAAGAACAAUAAUUAUUACAACACCCCUAUGGGAGGAAUGAACAUGCCAUUUACAAACUAUCCAAAUCCACAGGUAUAUUAUCCACCUCCAGACUGGCAACGUUUUGCCACCCAGCGACAAGACUUUUACGAGUACUAUAAUAACUACCUCAUGAAUGUUAUGAGAAAACAAAUGUAAAGUUACUACUUAAUUGUUAGAUGUUUAUUUUUAAGUUUAAAACCCCGUAUUUUUUGACCUUUAUUUUUUUUAUCGAUACUAGAUUAACGUUCUCUUUUGUUCAGUUUUUUUUUAUAAGAAUGUAAAUAAAGUUAUGUUUUUUAUACA